UUGCUCGGCACCGUGUUUACGGAAGUGAGUCUGAUGAAUGAACACUACAUUAUCGUCYGUGUCUAUGUGAAAUGUAGAAAAACUGUCACGUAUAGAUAAUUUGUCUCAUUUAGAAUAGUAGCUACUGUCAUAUGUCUAAGGAUGAAGCUAGCUAGGCCACAAAAACAGUAGCUAGCAGCCAAAAAACGUCAACRUCGCAACAUCUCAGAAGCAAGAGAUUCUCAAUUACAGGUAGACCUGAYCAGACCUCUCUCCAACACCAUGUGGGACCAGGAGAUCAGACAGAUGGCGUCCAGCCACGCCAUCAUGGCGUCAGGGGUGUUUAUGGCGACAGUGGUGCCAGCGGUGCUAGUGCCAGGUUUCUCUGUGUACGGGACACACCUGCUGUGGCUGUACUCUGUUGCCGGGGCCGUUGCCGUGGUCAACAUCACCCUGUUCUGGCUGCUGGGGGUCAGCUCUCCCACCAAGAAACACACUAUCACCUACAAGGUGUCUAGGUUGGUACGUUCCUGUCUCUACCUGCUCCUCUCCUGUCUGUCCUUCCACACUGUAGUGAUCCUKUAUGGAGCACCGCUACUGGAGACUGCGUUGGAGACGUUCUCUCUGGCGGUGUUGUUGACCAGUCUGACCACUCUGAGGUGUGUCUGUGUCCUUGGGCCCAACGUCCAGGCUUGGAUAAGAGUGUUCAGCCGACAUGGGGCCAUGUCGGUGUGGGACACCUCUCUACAGAUGGUGGUCGGCUGCAGUGUUGUCGGAGCCUGGCUAGGAGCCUUCCCCAUCCCAUUGGACUGGGACCGGCCCUGGCAGGUGUGGCCCGUCUCCUGCAGUCUGGGUGCAGUGAUUGGCUACCUGACUGGGCUAGUCGCCGCUCCCGCCUGGAUCCACUGGCACCGCAAACCACCUCACCUACAAGACAGUGAUGGACUGGAGAGAGUGGAGUGAGGAAGUGAUGG